AUGGUUUCUGUCAGGAAAAGAAAGAUGGCCCGCUCGUCGGUGACCAAAAAUACAAAGCGCACGAAGGAUAAACAAAGAGCGCCAAAAAUUGCACAUCAUCCUGUUCUCGCAGCCAGGUGGGACAAGAAGCUUACCCUUAAACAAAACUACGAAAAACUAGGGCUUACGUCUCGUUUGGGCAAAUAUAACGGUGGGCAAGAAAAUUCAUACACAACUGUUACUGAGUUCAGAAAAGAGAGGGAUGAAAAGGAGAAGAACGGCCACAUUGCACCCGAGGAUGUUGCCGUGGAGACAGACCCUCUGAAGAUUCCAGAGGGAGAGGCCCGUUUGAUUCGUGACCCUGAGACUAAUGAAGUCGUCCAAGUCAUUUAUGGUACCAUGAAGCCUACAAUUGUUGCUGAUAAGGAGCCAGAGCACACUGUCAUCGAUGAACUUGUGGAGUACACUGAGAAGAAUGCUGCCAAACCAAGGGCUGCUAAGCCUAAGGAAGAGGAGGAAGGCUUCCUAGAAGAACUCUACGAAAAAUAUGGCGACGACUAUGGUAAGAUGAAGUGGGAUAAGAAACUUAAUCCUUUGUUCUUGUCAGAAGGUCAGUUGAAGAAGAAGAUCGCCGUAUGGAAAAAGGCCAACGGAGUUGAGUAA